CUAAUGUCGUCCCACCGUCACCGCCCCCCAGACGACAGAUACGCUCCCCCCAUCUACAUUCCAGAGCGACACCUCAACAACCUGCGCCAAGCCUCCAACCUCGCUAUAGACAUAGGCGGUUCCCUAGCAAAACUAGCUUACUUCUCCAAUGUGCCGGGUAGAAGGAGGACAGUCUCCCAGGACGGGGUGGUGGAGGAGGGGAUUGUUCUGGACGAGGAGUUUAAGAGGGGCAGACUACACUUCGUGAAGUUUGAGACGAAGCAUAUCACGAGUCUGACUCAUUAUAUAAAGGAUUGUUUGGGGGCUGAGGCUGAUGUGGUGGUAGGUCGUACCAUCAGGGUGACAGGGGGAGGAGCCUAUAAAUACACGGAGUUGUUCGAGAAGGUUCUGGGGCUGACUAUCACGAAGGAGGAUGAGAUGGGGUGUUUGGUUAAGGGGGCUAAUUUCCUGCUCAAUAAUAUCCCCAAUGAGGCGUUCUCCUUUAAAAAGAAUGCUAAUCCGGAGAUAACAUUCCAGAAAACAGGGUGCGAGUUCCCGUACCUGCUUGUCAACAUUGGCUCUGGAGUCAGCAUGUUGAAAGUUCACAGCGAUGAGAAGUUCGAGCGAGUAGGGGGGACCGCUAUGGGUGGGGGCACAUUCUGGGGACUUGGGUCACUUCUGACAAACGCUCAGGGGUUUGACGAGUUGCUAGCCAUGGCAGAAAAAGGGGAUUCUAGUACUGUAGACCUGCUUGUUAAAGAUAUUUACGGGGGGUCGUACGAAGCGAUGGGUCUGCCUGGUGACUUGGUUGCUAGUAGUUUCGGGAAGGCAGCCCGGUCUAGGAUAGCUGGGCCAGCUAGAGACCAGGUACACGAUGCUGACAUUGCUAAAUCUCUACUUCACCUCAUCAGCAAUGGUAUCGGGCAGAUCGCCUACCUCCACGCAAAUCUCUACAAUUGCGAGAGGAUUAUAUUCGGAGGCUUCUUUAUCCGGGGCAAAAAGGCAACCAUGCACACCAUAUCAUACGCUAUAAACUACUGGUCAAAAGGUAAAGUGGAGGCUCUGUUCCUGCGACAUGAGGGCUACUUGGGGGCGGUGGGGGCCUACAUGAAGGGGGCUGAAUCUAAGGACUUUGCUGGUAAAAACUACGGGGAAAACUUUGCUUUCAGUGACAGUUUCGAGGUGAAUGAUGUGAUGAGUAAAGCGAUCGAGUUUCUGGAGCUUGACAGGCUCGAUUUACCGCUGGUAAAGUUCCCAUUGAUAGAGGGACUAGACUACCAGGCAGAUCUGAUAGAUUUAGCGCUGGAUACUGACGCCAGACACUACUGGUUAGACAUCUUCAAGGACGGUCUGGAGAGGUUCUGUAAGGUUAUCAGGGACGGUGAGUCAAACAGGAACCAUAUUGACAAGAGGAUUAUGCUCUUCAAAAAGAAGUUUCUAGAAUGUCUAGCCCUGCUACGGAAGAACCCGUUUGCGUACGGUGUCCUUACAGUCCGUACGUUGUUAGACUGCAGGGAGCAGUUCUUAGCAGAGUUUGAUUUCUACGAUCCAUACCUGAAAUUCAAGCAGGAGGAGAACGAAGCAGCUAUCCUUGAACUGCCUGCUCGGCUAGAAUUUCUACAUACGUUACCGUGGGAGGAGAGGCAAGCUGAGUUAAUCAGGGGUAUUCUAGGUGGUAAUAUUUUCGACUGGGGCUCUUCCGCUGUUGUCAAGAUGAAUGAGACCAAGCAGAUUGACUUCCAGGGAGCAUGUGAUCUGGUUCAAGGUAGACCUUGGUUUGUGGACCACUUGGAACAUUGGGUGAAGAGGUUGAAACGGGCGCCGGUUCAGAAAAUGAUGAUAUUUGUUGACAACAGUGGGGCUGAUAUCGUGUUGGGGAUUAUUCCCUUCGUGGAGGAGAUGUUGAGGAUGGGAAGUGAGGUUGUGUUAGCAGCUAACAGUCGCCCCGCUCUUAAUGAUGUUACCUCUCACGAGUUGAGGUUAUUGAUCCGCAAGAUUACACCUAUGUCCCCUAUUUUCGUUGAGGCUCACAAGAACGAUAAGUUGAGGGUGAUUGAGAAUGGGUUAGGGUCACCCUGUCUGGAUCUGAGCAGGGUUAGCCAGCACAUUGCAGACGAGUGUAUGGAUUGUGAUCUGAUAGUGAUCGAAGGGAUGGGGAGGACAAUCCACACCAACUUUAACAGCUGUUUCCAGAGGGAGAGUUUAAAGUUAGCGGUCAUUAAGAACAAGUGGUUGUGCGAUAAGUUUAGUUGUCCGAUGUUUGCUGCUGUGUGUAAAUAUGAAGUUCCUGAUACGCAGUGGGGGGCUGAUGAUUAAGAGGUUGAGAGUCUCUACUUGAGAGUGUCUACUUGAGAGUCUCUACUCGAGAGUCUUUACUUAAGAGUCUUUACUUAAGAGUCUCGAUUUGAGAGUCUCGAUUUGAAAGUCUCGAUUUGAAAGUCUCUACUUGAGAGUCUCUACUUGAGAGUCUCUACUUGAGAGUCUCAAUUUGAGAGUCUCGAUUUGAGAGUCUCUGCUUGAGAGUCUCGAUUUGAGAGUCUCGACUUGAGAGUCUCGAUUUGAGAGUCUCUACUUGAGACUCAUUAUAUUAUGGUUGCAGGUUGAAGUUCUUAUAUGUUUUAAUGAUUAGCUAUGAUUGGCUCAUGACUGAAAACUGUUGAUCGGUGUUUGAUAUAAAUAUUUAAAUUGUCUGUGUGAGACAGAAAGGGACCCCA